AAUUUUGCGUUGGUAAGCCACUUAAUGACACAUUUCUUAGUGUUAUGCACGAACAUAUAAAUCAAAUACAUGAAAUGUUUGAGUCUGGAUUUGAAAAAGUUCAGGCAAUAUUACAUGAAUUGAGCAAAAGCAAGCAUGAAGAACAAACAACAAGACAAGACCCGGAUAAAAUGUUAAGUGAUGUCAGUGUCUCCGCAGCAAAAGAUAAAUCUAUAGUAUUUGAUGCGCCAGAUCGAAACAAGAGGUUUACAGGAAGACAAAAAGAGUUAGAAUCGCUUGAAAGGUGCCUCCUCUCAGAAAACAGCGACCAUAAAUUUAGAAUGGCGGCCAUUUGUGGUCUUGGCGGAUGUGGAAAAACGACCUUAGCAGCUCAAUUCGCUUGGGAGCAUAAACCACAUUACGAGGGAAGCGUAUUUUGGUUCUCCAUGGAAGAUGAAGAGAAGUUUGAAAGCUGUGUGAAUGACUUAGCGUUACGUUUAGGACUGAUGGAAAUAUCAUCAGAUCUUACACUGGCACGAAUUCUAACGCUUAUAUCUAAGCAGGAAAAGCUUUGGCUGCUGGUUCUUGACAACGUCGACCAGCCAAUACUUUCUGAAAAAAUGCGUAAAGUUUUGAGAGGAAUAUGGAAAAGGGAGUCAAACGGUCACAUGUUGGUAACAACAAGGCGUGAAAUAAAAGAGAUCUGUCGGUGUGUGGAUGUUGAGCCAAAUUGUUUUGUAGAAAUCACCUCUUUCUCUAUCGAGGAAGCAAAAGAGUUUCUUUUGAGUCAUUUCAGCGGUGAAAAUGCUGCAGUCCAGGAGGAUGCGCUAAAUGAGCUGGUUGUUGAGCUUGGUUGUCUUCCCCUUGCCUUGGAGCAGGCUGGUGCACAUAUCAAAUCUCUUGGCUGCACUGUAAAUGAAUAUUUGAAACAAUACAAGCUCGAAAGGUUCAAGCUGCUAAGCGAGCAUCGGGCAAAUCCCUCGAGGGAGUACGACUCCUUGAAUCGUCUUUCAGUCCACACUACAUGGUUAUUGAACUUUGAGUACGUAAAGAACUCAAGAUAUGGAGAAAUUGCAACCAGGUUCGUAUAUGCAGCUGCUUCCCUUGAUCCCGAUGAAAUCUAUGAAGGACUCAUCAAUGCAGUGAUAAUUUCCUCUGACGUUGUAUCUGGAAACAAAAUAGAACUCCCCCUCACGAAUAACCAUAUGGUAGAAGUUUUGACCAAGUUUUCACUUUUCCAGAGGAAGUCUGUUGGAUGCAUGAGAGUACAUCGCCUAGUGCAGCAGGUUAUUCGUGGUACAAUGACAUCAAAAGAAGUCGAAAAAGCAGUUUACACAACAUUUCAGUUACUAAAGAAGGCCGCUCAAUCACCUGGUGAAUCAGCAACAGAUAAGUCUGUUUUCUCCAUUAUUCGCCAUUGGUUGGCAUUGAAGCGAUACGUCGAACAACAAGUUAGAGCUACACCGGAUGACUCAUCGGCUGAGAAAGUAGCAGCAUUGAUGAAAAGCGGUUCUAGAGAAAUUGUGUUCGAAGUCUCUCGCACCAUAAAAGGGCUAUCGCAAACUUUAGAAAACCGUCGUGGAUUAUUAGCGUUGCUUGAUGUCGACUACGACAAGUUUCUAGGUAGAAAAGAGCUAAAGAAUGAAAAUAGAAAAAGCGAACCCGUAAGAUUGCUCUCUCGAUCUCCCUCAAGAUUGCUCUCAGGAUCGUCCUCAGGAUUGCCCUCAGGAUUGCUCUCAGGAUCGCACUUAGGAUCGUCCUCAGGAUCGCCCUCGGGAUCGCUCUCAGGAGCACCCUUUGGAUCGCCCCAAGAAUGGUCCCUAGAUAUGGCCCUUAGACCCCCCGGGAUCACCACCAGAAUUGCCCGUAGGAUCGCCAUGAUAUUCCUCUGUGGCAAUCCACGUUCUCGUCGUAGUGGUCACCAAUGAACGCCAUUCACAAUGCUUGAGCAAGCAGAGUCGCGCGCAUUGUGAAGGUCUCAUUUGGUGGGAAAUUAUGAAAAUGUUUUCCCCAGAAAACUGCCACCAAAGCUAUCGAAAGCUUAAUCAAAUAUACCGAACUUGCAGAACUUGAGAGACCGUCUUCUUUUCAGUUUUGAAGAAAACCUUCUAAACGGUGAAGAAUUCAUCCAUCUAUAUGAUAUAAAUACUUCAAAGAACCCUAAUGUUCCUCGCUGGCGGU